AUGGAAAGGAAGGUGUUCCGCUCGCUCAUCGUAUCGGACCACUUCGCUAAUUCCUCGGGCAGGGCAGCGACGCCAAUGCAGCAAUCCCUGUACGAUCCACAUCUCCUCACCCUAUUGCAACUUCGACAAUGCAUUUCCCAUCCAAAGCGCUACUAUUCGGAGCACACUGUUGCUUUGAUUUCCUGCAAUAAAUCUGCAAUUGGAGUGCGCCUAUCGCUACGACAAAUCACGCCAUAUGGUAGGAUCAAGCAAAAUUUACUAUGGGCUCCACCACGUCGUCAACACCCCCUCUUCAGCUGCUGUCCGCGCCCCCUUACAGCAGACUCUAUGAUUCGAUCUUCACGAGGGAAGCUAGCACAUAACCCACUACUUAACUCAACUGAGCUUUCCAGGCCCAGAAGAACAAUAUCCAAUAUGCAUAAUCUGCCCUCUCCGGGAUUAUCUCAACCUGCAGACGAACGCCAGAGACUUGCACGAGUAGACAUAGCCGCAGAGCUGGGAGGCUUGGUCCAGUUAAGAGACCGGAAGGCUCACGUCAAUAUGGAUCGCUCAGGGAGGGUUCCGUUGCUACUUCUCAGCUUUGAUUUGGACUGGGAUUAUUGCGAACUGAACCGUUGGCAAACAUCGCCGCAAUGUAGGGAGCUUAAUGCCCAUGUUACUUUCCCGGCCACAUUCAAUGGGAGCGGGGGUGAUAUGCUCAAGGGCACUUCGUUGGCAACUAUCUGUUCUUGGCACGACGAAACUUUGACUUGCCAUUAUCCUCCGCGACGGGGAGCUACCCAUAGGGAUCAUAUUGGUCGUCCCUCUACCUCUAAGCCGCUCGUCUACUUCUCGACUGGUCAACAGUCUCAGCGAGACGAUCGUCAAUCUCCACGAGGUCCUACUGCCACUCCACUACACCGGCGUCAGGCUUCGUCUGCCUUGGACGAGUCCAACAGGCACAAUCCUCCAGGUGUCAGGACUCCGCCCCGAUUGUCAAGUGCUACCAUAGUAGCUGGUGCUGCGUCCGCCAGGCCUACAGACUCCUCUGGCUCUCUUCGAGACUCCAGGUCCCAAUCUGCAGAGGCUCCGCCAGCAUUCCGGCCUGGCUCCUUGCAGCUGCCCCUGAUCGAAUCGUUGCUGCAGCAUCCUCCGCCCCGAACUCUCCAGCCUCCUCCCGACCCUUUCAUGAAUCUGCCAAGUCUCGGUCCUUACAGAUUCCUCUCGACUGCUCCGCCACAACCUCUGGCCUACGAUCUGCCAAGUGAGAACCUUUCGGCGCGGCCGAUUCGCGACCCAGAUAUUCCAGCCAAUAUCCUCGCCCGGAUUGGUAGCCGCCCCGGCCCUGACUACGAGCUCGGUUGGGUGAGGGCCAGUUCAAAUCCGGCGGGCAGUUCUCCGCCUGCUGCUCGUCUCAGUGCGCUCAGCACCGGGCGUCGCUCUGGGAGGCGGAAGAGCGGCCAGGCGGAAUCAUCUACGAAGGCGAGGAAGAAGAAAACGUCUCGAACUCCACUUACGAUCCUAAUGAGACCUAUCCUCACUGCCGUAAGUAUCUCCUUCCCCUUCCUUCAACCUGUAUUAACACCUUCAAUAGUCCGUCUCAUCAAAGCCUACGGUCGGAUUGAGCUGUCCCUGUGCCAGCGAGCGCAGCAAUCUCUCGUUCGGCACAAGGGAGCAGACGACGAGAUUUGGAAGGCUGUCCCUGCUGCUGUCAAACCCUUCGCAACGGGCGACCAGAACGAUCCUUUCUACAUCAUACAGGACUUCCAGGCUCGUGCCGAUUCGAGCACCGUCCAGUCUGUAAACUUCCCACUCAGGCGGCAGGAUUACCAGUACUUGAUUAUGGUCGCGGGCGCCCAAGGAGCAGUUGAGGUACCUCGAGGAAAAGAAUGUAAGAGGUGUCAGGGCGUCAUAAAGCCCAAGUCGGGUGUGACAGAGGAUUCUUGCCGCACCUUCCCAUACGGCGAGAUGGGUAGAUACGCGGAUCGAUCGUGCAUCAAUUGCGCAGACACCUGUACCAACUGUUGCUUGAACCCGGAGCUCAAGGGUAAGACCCCGCCCCGAUAUGACCCGAAGAGGGAUGCGGAGGCUCGGAAGAAGUUUUCUAGCGCUCGCGGUUAUAACGACGACAAUGACAUCGGUGGUAGCGGCAAGGACAACCAAGACUUCGUGCGCUUCUUGGCGUGUUUCCUGGCGUUUUGGUAUGGUUCUGGGUUUCUUUUCAAGACUUGA